ACGCGAUAACAACUGGACGCGAAGGGUUGUCCGAGUGUCGUGCUCAUAUAAAGGGAUAGGACACGAUACGUACGCAUCCGCCAACCAAAGUCAUAAGCACUCGUUUUCUGGAAUCAAAGACCCAUGAGCAAAAGGACAAGCCGUCGUGAGCCCUCCUCUUCGGAGGAAAGCUCGGUCGACAGCGAGGAAGAGCGACGUCGCAAGGAUCUUAAAGAUCGUGACGAGUUCGCACAGCGGUUAAAGAAGCGGGAUGAAGACCGCACGCGGAACGUGGUUGAGGCGGCCUCCACAAGCAAGCGCGCUUACGAGGAGGCCGCCAAACGGUUGAAACUCGAAGCGGAGGACAAAGAUAAACUGCUACCAGAACUACGGAAACAAUCGAGACGUCUGUAUCUCGAGAAACGUAAAGAGGACAAAGUUGCCGAACUCGAGGAUGACAUCCGCGACGACGAAUAUUUGUUUGCGGACUCGGUCAUUACCGAGCGCGAGCGGAAGGAUCGCGAAUAUAAGAAAAGUUUGUUGCAAAUUGCCAAGGACCAUGAAAAAGCCCGCGAACUGGAACGAGUCCAGCGGUACCACAUGCCCAAGGAUAUCAAAAAGGGCGAAACGCAGGAGUACGUUGAGGUGGACGAGCGUGAGCGUAUGCCGAACUCGGAGCAGAAGAAAUGGGAAGCGGAACAGCUGGCAUCGGCCGUGUACAAGUUCGGCUCAAAAGACGCCAAAGACCGGGCAGGACAGCAGGAGGAAUAUGAACUGCUACUGGAAGAACAGAUCGACUUCAUACAAGCGCUCGGGCUGGAGGGAACGAAGGAUAAGGAACGCAAACCGGAGAUCACUGAAUCUGAAAAGAAAAAAAUGACUAUCGAAGAAACGAAGAAAUCCUUGCCAAUCUACCCAUUUAAGGAGGACCUCAUAGCGGCCAUCCGCGAACAUCAAAUUCUCAUCAUUGAGGGAGAAACGGGCUCCGGAAAGACGACUCAAAUUCCGCAGUAUCUAUACGAAGCCGGCUUUACGAAUGAUGGCAAAAAAAUUGGCUGUACACAGCCACGCCGAGUGGCAGCUAUGUCCGUGGCAGCACGAGUAGCGGAAGAGUUGGGUGUUAAACUGGGUAACGAAGUAGGCUACAGCAUUCGCUUUGAGGAUUGCACGUCGGAGCGUACGGUGAUCAAGUACAUGACGGAUGGUACGCUGCACCGUGAAUUUCUGUCCGAGCCCGAUCUCGGUUCUUACAGCGUAAUGAUCAUUGAUGAGGCCCACGAGCGUACACUACACACGGAUAUUCUGUUUGGACUGGUGAAGGACAUUGUGCGCUUUCGAUCGGAUCUUAAGCUGCUGAUCUCCAGCGCCACGCUUGAUGCGGAUAAAUUUUCGGACUUUUUCGAUGAAGCACCGAUCUUCCGGAUUCCUGGACGACGCUAUCCGGUCGAUAUAUUUUACACUAAGGCUCCAGAGGCCGAUUACAUUGAUGCUUGCGUCGUAUCCGUGUUACAAAUCCAUGCCACACAACCAUUGGGCGAUAUUUUGGUCUUUUUAACAGGACAAGAAGAGAUAGAGGCUUCUCAGGAGAUGCUACAAGAUCGCGUCAAACGGUUGGGCUCCAAGCUAAAGGAACUGCUCAUUCUUCCCAUUUACGCAAACUUACCAUCGGACAUGCAGGCAAAGAUCUUCGAGCCAACACCUCCGAAUGCCCGUAAAGUGAUACUGGCGACGAACAUUGCUGAAACGUCCCUUACAAUCGAUAACAUCAUCUACGUGAUCGACCCAGGAUUUGCGAAACAGAAUAACUUUAAUUCACGCACCGGUAUGGAGACGCUGAUGGUUGUACCAAUCUCAAAAGCGUCCGCCAAUCAGCGAGCAGGUCGAGCGGGCCGUGUUGCUCCCGGUAAAUGCUUCCGACUUUACACGGCCUGGGCAUACCAGAACGAACUGGAGGAGAACACAGUCCCCGAAAUCCAGCGAAUCAAUUUGGGUAAUGCGGUGCUUAUGCUGAAGGCACUUGGCAUCAAUGAUUUGCUGCAUUUCGAUUUCCUUGAUCCACCUCCAAAAGAAACACUCGUGUUGGCGCUAGAGCAGCUGUACGCGUUAGGUGCUUUGAACCAUCACGGUGAGCUGACGAAGCUGGGUCGACGGAUGGCCGAAUUCCCGGUCGAUCCCAUGAUGGCUAAAAUGUUGCUGGCAAGUGAAAAGUAUAAAUGCUCCGAAGAGAUUGUUACCAUUGCUGCGAUGCUCUCGGUGAAUGGUGCCAUUUUCUAUCGUCCCAAGGAUAAGAUAAUCCAUGCUGAUACGGCACGAAAGAAUUUCAACCAUCCGCACGGUGACCAUCUAAGUUUGAUGCAAGUGUACAAUCAGUGGGCCGAGUCGGACUACAGCACACAAUGGUGCUACGAGAAUUACAUCCAAUAUCGCUCCAUGAAACGUGCCCGCGACGUACGCGAGCAGCUCGUGGGGCUAAUGCAAAGAGUAGAGAUAGACAUGGUCUCAUCACUACCCGAGACGACAAACAUCCGAAAGGCGAUUACGGCGGGAUAUUUUUACCACGUUGCGCGACUCUCGAAGGGUGGAAAUUAUAAGACAGUAAAGCACAAUCAAACCGUCAUAAUUCAUCCGAACUCUGCAUUGUUCGAGGAGCUUCCGCGUUGGAUUCUGUAUCACGAGUUAGUUUUUACGACCAAGGAAUUCAUGCGUUCAGUUAUUGAAAUCGAUAGCAAGUGGUUACUCGAGGUAGCGCCACAUUAUUACAAACCGAAAGAAUUAGAAGAUCCUACCAACAAAAAAAUGUCCAAAAAUAUUGGCCGGGCCACUCUGUCGGAGACAUAAUUAGCUAAAUCAAAUCUAUAAAAAAUGUCGAAAUCACCUGAUAAACCGUUGCUCGACAAACGAAUAAGCGGCCCAUACACGUUCGUUAAUUCGCCAUUCUUGAACCUGUAUGGGCCGAUUAACAUUGAGCUAUUGAAUGUUUAAACCGGGAAUAAGUUUAGAAUAUGGUUUGUUCAAUUUGCCACGGUGGAGCUUGAAACUCGAUUUCAUGAGUUAAAUAAAAAAAUCUUGUGAUUUAACGUUAAAUCACGAACUCUCAAAUUAUAA